ACAAUGAUUUGGACAUUGAUUAAUUUCAGUGCCCUCCUUCUUGGAGUGCUCACAUCCCCAACUCCAUCUUCAGACACCACUAACCCUAACCCUGACACUGAGGAAGGACGGUGUCGCAUCUACAACUCUGGUCGCUCUGCAGACUGUCUGGGAAGACAGCUCAACAGUGUCCCCUGGAGGCAGUUUCCAUCCACACUUCAAGAUGUAGAUCUCUCCUACAAUAAACUUCAAGCUGUCCAUGCUGAUGACUUCAUCCACCUCCCUCAGCUUCGCAAACUUCAGCUGACGUAUAACAACAUUUCGCACAUUGACAAUGACGCAUUUAAAAACAACCCACUGCUGGAGCAUCUUGACAUCUUCAAUAACUCCCUGCAGGAGAUUCCUGCCAGGGCUCUGACACCUCUCCUGAAUCUAAAACAGCUCUUCAUGUCCAAUAACCUUUACAAACAUGCUACUUUGGCUGAUAGCUUCUCCAAAUUUGUCAAACUGCAGGUUCUGUCUAUGGGUGGCCCUCUGGUGAUGGGUCUAAAGAAAGCAGAUUUUCAGCCCCUGAAGAACAUAAGGUUAUACGGGUUUGCAAUUAAAUGUUCCUCCUAUCUGAACUACUAUGAGCCUGGGAGUUUAGAAGUCAUCCAGACCAAGCAGAUGGGCUUUGACAUGGCCAUAGAUCAACGGCCUAAUGCUCUCCUUCACAUGAUACAUGACCUCGCCAACAAGACAUUCAGCGUCAUCCAGUUCCGCAAUCUCUUUGAGUUCAUGUACUACAAUGGGGAGGAGGACAUUUUCCAAGGUUUAAAAGACGUUACAGCCUAUCAGCUCAUCUUUCACAGAGGGAAAUUCAAUGAGAAUCUCAUGAGGAUGGCUUUGAUGAACUUACAAGUCGCCCCCAUCAAAAGGUUGAGACUUCAGUAUAUUGACUUUGCCCGUUCCCCCACAUUUAUUGACAGCGGAGCGGGUUCCAGCAUCACAGACCUGGCACUAGAUCGGUUGGAUCUUUGGUACAUCAGCAAUCCUGACAUACUGCGAUUUGACUGGCGUUUCAGCUGGUUCAACAAAAUCAAGGAACUGUCUAUUCAGUAUGUGUAUUUCAACUCUGCCCCUUGCGAUUCCUGGCUCGAGAUGGAAGGUGUGGAGUUUUUGGACGUCUCCAAUAAUCGACUACGCAAUGAGUACAUCUUCAACCAGCGGUGUGAUUACAGAGGCACCAUGCCAAAUCUUCACACCUUCAACACAAGCAACAAUGACCUGGCGAGCUUAAAAGACCUGUCGUUACUAAUAGGGGAGUUUGAGCGGCUGCAGGUGUUGGAUGUCAGUAACAACAAGCUUGGAUCUGCUGAAAACAGUCGGGACUGUGUUUGGCAGCAAAAUAUCACUAAACUUAUUGCUCACCACAAUCACUUUGUAAGUGUAGCCCUCCGCUGUCUGCCCACCACAUUGCACUACCUGGACCUGUCCUACUGUGACCUGGACCAGCUGGACAUGACCUACUUUGAGCAAGCAACUAACCUGAAAGAGCUCCUCCUGAGCGGGAAUAAAAUCAAGUUCAUCCCAUCUAAGUGGGAAAGUCUGUCACUGCAGUCACUGGCUUUGGAUGGGAAUUCGUUUGGCCUCAUUAGCAAGGCAUCCUUCCAGGACAUGCCUCAGCUAUCUAACCUGAGGGCAGGGAAUAAUCCUUACCAUUGCACUUGUGAGCUUCAUGCUUUUGUCGAGGACACGAUUUCACAGAAAAAGGUCAACCUCACAGACUGGCCUUGGAACUACAAGUGCUACCACCCAGAGCCCUUCCUCAACACAGCCAUUUCCAAAUACUUCCCAGGUCAGGUGGCCUGUGACAUCAGACUAGUUAUCAUCAUCUGUGUUGCGACCACUGCAGCGGUGAUCUUGAUACUGAUGCUGAUCUGCUAUAUUUUUGACCUCCCAUGGUACACGAAGGCCACAUAUCAGAUCAUCAGGGCCAAAUACAGAGCCCACAAGGAAAAAGCAGCAGGGGAAUUAGGGACUUUUACCUAUCAUGCCUUCAUAUCCUACAGCCACCCUGAUGCAGACUGGGUGAGGGACCAACUUUUACCCUGUUUGGAGAAGAACAGAAAUCCUUAUCGUCUGUGUAUUCAUGAGAGGGACUUCAUGCCAGGAAGGUGGAUCAUCGAUAACAUCAUUGAGAAUAUUGAAAGCAGUCGAAAGGUGAUAUUUGUCCUCUCCCGGCACUUUGUUAACAGUGAGUGGUGCAACUACGAGCUGUACUUCGCUCAGCAGAGAGCAAUGGGAAAGACCUUCAGUGAUGUCAUCCUAGUGGUGAAGGAGCCCAUUGAUCCCAGCUCCCUGCCCAGCAAGUACUGCAAGCUGAAGAAGAUGCUGAGUACUAAGACAUACCUGGAGUGGCCCCAGCAGGUCAACCAGCAGGCGUUUUUCUGGGAACAGCUCAGGAGUGUUCUGGGCAAACCGACCAUGACCCGAAAAAGGGAUCACAGUGUCAAGAGCAGGACUUCAUCUGUGGGCAGCAUUUCUGUGAUUGGGCUCCCCAAUGAGGAUGUGGGGCCAGACGUAGCAAAAAAUAACGAAAACCAAGAAGCAGAGAUCAAGCUGAUAAAAAGGAAUAAUGAUGAGUUGUCAAAUCAGAGACAAAUACCUGUGAUGGCAUUUUAACCAAAAGGGUUAAAAAAUAAAGAUUGUACAAUAGCUUACAUUUCUCUAGUAUUGUCUCAGUAAAGACCUGAACUCAAGCAACCUUUUGUGUUUGGGUUAUGCCAAGUUGGGAGCAAAAGCCACCAUCUCAUUAAGAUGACAGACAAUAACAUGAUCCCUACCUGCCCUUGGCAUUCUGUCAUGUUAUCCCCGAGGGCUGAGCUGAUGCCUACUGCUCCGCUUUCCCUCUGAGCGUCUCGGGGCAGGUGCCCCGCUGACAGGCGCUGAAAGGCCACAAACUCAACAGCUCAAAUGAGAUCUCCCAUGUCGCACUCUGGAUAACAAGCUAGGUGCCAGGACGAUGUGGUGACAGGCGCCACAAUGUGAGGGGACUGUGCUCUGUUACACUCUUGGCCCACAGAGGUAUGAGAUCAUGGAUGUUCCACUCUGAUGUCUCAGAGCCGAGUCAAAGGCCAUGCAGGCAACAUAAUACCAAUACUCCAUAGGAAUAUACAGAGAGAGAUUGGCCCCAACUGCUAACCUGCCUGGGAACAUUAUAGUCAAAAUCUCAAGUGAAUCUUAGUAGAUCAUUUGAUUCACCGAUCCAUGGUGGCUCUUGAGUACAGGCAGUGCUUAGUGAUAGAAAAGUAAAGCACACAAGUUUUAGUGCAAAGAAAGAAAUUGGGGAUUUGUAACACCCGGGGACUUUGUAUCAGCUCUUUGAGUGUGUGCUAAUUAACUCUUAAUCUUGAAGCGGCUCUCUGUAGGCCUUCUAGUGUUUCAAGUGGUCUGCUCCUGUAUUAAACUAUUACAUGCAUGGUGAGGCAAUCACUGAUUUGAUUGCUGCCAAAUGUCUGUCUUAACUUGGACUGGUUGUGCUGUUUGUCUUAAUCACUGCUUUCAACAGAUAUUUUUAAUCAACUGCUCAUGACAUGUAGAAAUAAGAGGACGAAUCCCAUCACAUGGGCAUCUUAGAAAUGUUAUUUGAAACUUAAUAAAUGUUUGGCCACUAGGGGGCAGUAGAACAGACACAUAGCCCUGACAUAUCACAAAAUGAAGUUAUCACUAAUAUGUUUGCAUGUCCACUUGAUGAACGUUAAGUUCAAUAAUCACUCUCCUUUUAGCCCUGGUCUACUGAGAAAAAUAUCUUGCUCUGUAGAUGAACAAAAACAUUUGCUUUCAACACUUUCACCAGGCGUGUCUGCAGACAUUCAACCAAAGUGAUGAUGCAGAAUUAGAGCCAAAUAUGUGCUCACUCACUAGCAGAAAAAUAAUCUUUUAAAAAAGUUUAGGAAUACCAGUGUUUAAUCAUCAUUUAAUAAUUUAUACACGUGCUUGUUAUAUCAAAUCAGGCUUCUUUAAAUCUCUAAAUGUAAUGCCUCAAAUAUCUCCAGUAAUGUAAAAUAAGGAGCAGGUUGUGUA